AUGGGUUGCAAUCUGUACCAUAAAAUAUUUACAACAUUAUUUUUGGUUGGCCCAACGACGAGUAGACGAUUCUUGUUUGGGACGGCGAAAAUUCUUCAAUCGAGAAAAAGUGAUGGCCAAGUCGCUCAAAAGGACCAGCACCGAUCCAUUUUGGAGGAAGUUUUGAUCAAAGAACAACAGAAGCCAACAACCUUCGCGGGCAAGACAGCAGAAAAGGCUCAAAACACAUUUCUUUACGUGAUAGUCGCUGGUUCAAUUGGUUUAUUAGGAACGUUUGCUUAUUUUCUAUUCGAGGAAUUUUUUGCCCAAGACAGUCCUCAAUACAUUUUCAGCAAAGCAUUAGAUUUGGUGCGUAGUGACUACAGAUGUGCUGAUCUUUUUGGCAAUACUAUCAAAGGGUUCGGAGAAGAGACGUCUCGUGGCCGAAGACGACAUGUUGCUCAUCACAAAUACGAAAAAGAUGGGAAUGAACGGAUUCGAGUGAAAUUUCAUUUAAAGGGCGACUUGGGAGAAGGAACGUGUCAAGUUGAAAAAGAAAAGAAAGAUGGUGAAUGGAUUUAUAGGUUCUUGUUUGUGGAAACGAAGGGUGGUCAUCCCCGAACGACGCAUAUUUUAAUCGAUAAUAGAGAAGAA